UUUAUUUGUAGUUUUGAGAAAAAAUUUGUCACCUUUUAUUCUUUCAAAUAAAGAAUGCUUUGCAUCCUCAUUUUCUUCAAAUUUCACUAAAAAAAAGCAAGCAAAGAAAAAAAAAUGUGUUAGUCCUGAAUAUGUACGAUUUUAACCAAAGAGCAACUAGGAUUUUUGUCUGGAAAAUUUUCAAGAUAUAUUGCAAUUUUCACCUUCAAGUUCAGUGAAGAAAAUCAACUUGAAUCUUGUAUUUGCUGACUUCAGUUAGAAAUUAUUUAAGAAAAAGUUAUUUGGUACAAUUAAAAUUUCAGUGAGAUGGGAUUUCCACUCCUGAUAAUGAAGUUACUUACAAUGUUGUGAAAUAUAUUUCUCGGGGUUCGUUUGGUGUGGUUCUCAAGGUGGAGACAGCAGGGGCCAUAUAUGCUGCCAAAGUCCUGUUGGACCCAGAUACCAAGGAGGCUGAUAUCCUCGGAGAGAAAGCCAUUCUUGACAAGCUUGGAGGGUCGCCAAAUAGGCAACUCUUCAUCCAUAUGUAUGAUUGGUUUUCUUCUGAGGAUUCAUAUAUUCAGAUAUAUGAAUAUAUGAAAAUGGAUCUCCGAAUGUAUCUGGGGCAGUCUGACAUCUUUUCAAUGACAGAUGCGAAGAAGAUCCUUCGUCAGCUUCUCCAGGCUUUAUGCCAACUGCGGGAGUUUUCCAUCAUCCACGCAGACCUAAAGCCGGAGAACAUUGUCAUUGAUGACAGGACUUUGGCCCUGAAAGUGAUUGACUUUGGUGGGAGUCAUUUCACUUCCCAACUUGAGAACCAUACCAAAAUAGCCACCCGUUGUUACAGGGCUCCUGAAGUUAUAUUAGGUGCUCCAUAUGGGAUGCCUAUUGACAUGUGGGCAUUUGGUUGCAUUGCAGGCGAAAUGCUCGCUAACAGAAUCUUGUAUCCUGGCGAGAAUAAUGCUGAAAUGUUGGCAUUAUUUCAAAAAUCUCACCGAGUAUGGGAUACAGAUCUGCUGGAAUCUGGAAGAUUAACAUCAGAAUUUUUUUGUAAAAUUGGAGGUGAAUUUAUUCUUCGGAAUUCAGAAAUAGAUGAUCUAGUAGGACCUCUAAACCGAAUUGCCUUCAGUGUUCCAGAUCAUGAAUUCACCCGCAAGGAAACAUUGAAUAGAAUUCAUCUGAGUGAAGUGGUCAAGGGCUGUCUGGCACUUCAUCCCAGUUCACGGAUGAAGCCAGAUACAGCUCUUGACGCAGACUUUUUUAAAGCUGAUGAAAGUAAUCGGAAUUUCCCUGAAAACCAAGAGGUUGCACAGGAGCAAAGACAUGCAGCUAGAGGACCAAGGACUCCUCCCAGGUCCAGGACACCUGCUAGACACAGGAGCAGAAGCCCUAUUAAUAUCUCUUCUGAUAAUUAAAACAUUCAUCUUAUGUGUAUUAAGGUAAAAAUGUACAAAAAAAAAUUGAAUUGAUAGAAUUCUGUAAAAUUUUUUAUUUACA